GAAGGGAUUUAUUUGAGCCUGGAACCACUUCCUGAAGCGCGAGGCAGGAAGUUAUUCGGUAACCCUAGAGUCAGGUGAAGAAAGUGGUCUCGGCCGCAUUGGUAAUUACGCGAGCCGGAGGUGGAUCGGCUGGAGGGACCUGCGGCUUGCAGCACCUAGGAACCCGUUUCCAUCGCAGCAACACGGGCCCUUCCGCCAGCCCCGGGCCCGGCGCGGCGGCCCAGGGGGCUUCUUCAGCCUCUUUGGAGCCGCUUCAAGGGACUUCCACAUCCCCUGAGCCUCCAGCCAGGGGUCUGGCUCCCUUCAACAGUAAGAAGUGCUCUCGCCACCCCAAACCCUCCCUCCCCACAUUAAGGCCACAAGAUCCUGGUCCGGAGCGACUGCCUUGGACCUGGAACUAGACACGGGUCCAAAACGCUCUGCCCCGACAUACCACAGACAGGGCUCUGCGUCGUCUCUGAUAUGUCACCGACAGUCUCCCACAAGGACAACAGUCGACAGCGGCGGCCAGGGAUGUUCAGCCACGCUCUGGAUAUGAAAAGCGGUCCACUGCCGCCGGGGGACUGGGAUGACAGUCGUCAGGACUCUGUGGACUGGGAAGCCGACCGAGCUCUUAUGAGCGAUGCUGACACCAGUGAGGUCUCUAAAGCCCCACGGAGCUUCCGGGCCGAACUAAGCAGCGUUUUGCUACUGCUUUUUCUUUAUGUGCUUCAGGGCAUUCCCUUAGGCCUGGCUGGAAGCAUCCCUCUCAUCUUGCAGAGCAAAAACGUUAGCUAUACCGACCAGGCCUUCUUCAGUUUCGUCUUUUGGCCCUUCAGUCUCAAGUUGCUCUGGGCUCCCUUAGUUGACGCGGUCUACUUUAAAAACUUCGGUCGUCGCAAAUCUUGGCUUGUCCCUACACAGUAUAUACUCGGACUCUUCAUGAUCUAUUUAUCUACUCAAGUGGACAAUUUGCUUGGGAAUACCGAUGGCAGAACACCCGAUGUGGUGGCCCUCACCGUGACAUUCUUUUUAUUUGAAUUCCUGGCCGCCACUCAGGACAUCGCUGUGGACGGUUGGGCGUUAACUAUGUUAUCCCGGGAGAACGUGGGCUAUGCUUCCACUUGCAAUUCGGUGGGCCAGACAGCAGGCUAUUUUUUGGGCAAUGUUUUGUUUCUGGCUCUUGAAUCUGCUGACUUUUGUAACAAAUAUUUGCGCUUUGAGCCUCAAGCCAGGGGAAUCGUUACUCUUUCAGAUUUUCUUUUUUUCUGGGGAACUGUAUUUUUAAUAACAACAACAUUAGUUGCCCUUCUGAAAAGAGAAAACAAAGAAGUAUCAGUAGCUAAAGAAGAAACCCAGGGAAUCACAGACACUUACAAGCUGCUUUUUGCAAUUAUAAAAAUGCCAGCAGUUCUGGCAUUUUGCCUUCUGAUUCUAACUUCAAAGAUCGGCUUUUCAGCAGCAGACGCAGUAACAGGACUGAAAUUGGUAGAAGAAGGAGUACCUAAAGAACAUUUAGCCUUAUUGGCAGUUCCAAUGGUUCCUGUGCAGAUAGUAUUACCUCUGAUUAUCAGCAAAUACACUGCAGGUCCCCAGCCACUAAACGUAUUUUACAAAGCCAUGCCCUACAGAUUAUUGCUUGGAUUAGAAUAUGCUUUGCUAGUUUGGUGGACUCCUAAAGUAAAGCAUCAAGGGGGGUUCCCUGUAUAUUACUAUGUUAUAGUGCUGCUGAGUUAUGCAUUGCAUCAGGUUACAUUGUAUAGCAUGUAUGUUUCCAUAAUGGCUUUCAAUGCAAAAGUCAGUGACCCACUUAUUGGAGGAACAUACAUGACCCUUUUAAAUACUGUCUCUAAUCUGGGAGGAAACUGGCCUUCUACAGUAGCUCUUUGGCUGGUGGAUCCCCUUACAGUGAAAGAGUGUGUAGGAGCAUCAAACCAGAAUUGUCGGACACCUGAUGGUAUUGAGCUUUGCAAAAAACUAGGUGGAUCGUGUGUUACAGCACUGGAUGGUUAUUAUGUGGAAUCCAUUAUCUGUGUUGUCAUUGGAUUUGGUUGGUGGUUCUUUCUUGGUCCAAAAUUUAAAAAGUUACAGGACGAAGGACCAUCUUCAUGGAAGUGUAAAAGGAGCAACUAAUACAUAUAUUAUUGGACAUUUUAGGAGGUAACUAAUUUAGUUUUAUUGAGAGUUAUGAUAAUCAGUGUGUAAUAACAUAUUAUUUUAAAUGCCAAAUGAUUGAAAAAUGGAGAUUUCUCUAUAUUUUUGAUCAUAUGUUUUCCUUGCCUUGUUAAUGUAUUUAAAGUUUACUUAAGGUCAGGAAACAACUUUCUUGGCCUUGUCAUUUGAUUUUUCUUUUAAUUUACUGACCAAACCAUAUUUUAGGCUGCAAUGCAAUAAUCACAGGAGAUAAACAAUGCAGUCAAGUAUUUAAAAUUUUGGUACAGUGUAUUAAAUGGAACAAAGCUUAUUAUUCAGGUACUAACUAUUACUAGUUUAAUGUUUAUGGCAGUUAAAAUCUCAUCUUUAAUUAUAAAUUUGUUAAAUUUUAUGUAGAAUUUGUCGAAUAGAAAAUGUAGUCUAUUAAAACUAGUUGGUUUUUUUUUACUAUACUCACAUUGUACAAAUGAAUCUGUUAAAAAUACUAUUUAAAAUGUAUUUCUUGCUUUUGUAAGCAUUAAAGAUUUAUAAAAAGUAUUCAAACUAUUUUUUAUAAAAGGAAUCUUUUUAAUUUAUUAAUUUCUUCAUCCUUACCUCCUUUUUGCAAAAGAUACUUUAAUUCUUGUUGACCUUUACCCUAAGGGUUACCUAUGAUUUUUGUCACAAGCGUUUCAUGGCGCAAACACAGACAGCUAACAAAGGGAUCAAAUUUUGUACUGAAUAUAUGUUCAUGGGAAAGUUUUAAAAAUAAAGAUGAACUCCUACA